AACACAUUAAAAUCAAAUUUUAAUGGAAGACACAAUUCCAAAAAUUUGAUAUUUGCAUUGAAGUAUACAGAGAGAGAAGUCAAGAGGGAGAGGAGAAAGGGUGACUGGAUAGAAAAACGAAAGCAUACCCCAUCAGCGGUUAUCUUCUUUUUCCAUUUUCACUCAACAACUCAGAAAAAAACAUCUUCCUCGACAAAGGCUUCACCUUUUUCUCUCCUUCUUAUCAAUUCCUUGUCUGUCUCUUUCAUUCUUGAAUUCCUGUUGGUGUCACUUAAAUUCUUGUGUUUUUUCUCUGAGAUUCUUUGAAACUUCUGAUGGUUCUUUCUUAGUUUUGAAAAGGGAGUUCAUUUAUAGAUAUUUCGGAUUCCAUUUCUGUUUCCCUUUUUAUCUUGGUCUGUUUCUUUGCUUCUGAUCUCUUUCUCUCACAAUCAGGUACAUAGCAGUUUAAAGUUUUGAACUUUCUUGAUUUCCCAUGUAAAUUUUUUUUGCUGCUGUUGUGAUAUCUGAAAUUGAUAUCCGGGCCUUUCUGCUAAGUUGUGUUGUUGAUAUCUUUUAAUGUGAUUGACCCCAAGAAAAGAGGAGUCUGGUUGUUUGCUAUUUUUUAAAUUAGGCUUCUUUUUAUGGAAAGUUCAUGUUUUUUAACUGCUGUGGUCCAAAUUACUAUCCGGUGAUGGGGAUAUACCUCAGUUCUCCGAAGACGGAGAAAUUCUCAGAGGAUGGCCAGAAUGGUAGGCUUAGAUACGGUUUAUCAUCUAUGCAAGGUUGGCGUGCAACCAUGGAAGAUGCGCAUGCUGCAAUAACCGAUUUGGAUGCUACCACUUCAUUCUUUGGUGUUUAUGAUGGCCAUGGAGGUAAAGUAGUUGCGAAAUUCUGUGCCAAGUUUCUCCAUCAGCAGGUUCUCAAGAAUGAAGCAUAUGCAGCAGGAGAUAUAGGAACUUCUGUCCAGAAAGCAUUUUUCAGAAUGGACGAGAUGAUGUGUGGCCAGAGAGGUUGGAGGGAAUUGGCAUCUUUGGGUGAUAAAAUAAACAAGUUUACUGGCAUGAUAGAAGGGUUGAUAUGGUCUCCAAGGUGUGGUGAUAGCAAUGAACAACUUGAUGAUUGGGCCUUUGAAGAGGGUCCUCACUCUAACUUCUCUGGACCAACUUCUGGUUGCACAGCCUGUGUUGGGAUUAUUAGAAACAAUCAACUCAUUGUUGCGAAUGCUGGUGAUUCUCGAUGUGUGAUAUCUAGAAAGGGCCAGGCAUACAAUUUGUCUAGAGAUCACAAACCUGAUCUUGAGGCUGAGAAAGAAAGGAUUUUAAAAGCUGGUGGUUUCAUACAUGCAGGACGGGUCAAUGGCAGUUUAAAUCUUGCAAGGGCUAUAGGUGAUGUGGAAUUCAAGCAGAAUAAGUUUUUGCCUGUUGAAAAGCAAAUUGUGACAGCCAAUCCAGAUAUAAACAUUGUCGAGCUCUGUGAUGAUGAUGAUUUUCUUGUGCUGGCAUGUGACGGAAUAUGGGAUUGCAUGUCAAGCCAGCAACUAGUAGAUUUUAUUCACGAACAACUUCAAGUGGAAAACAAGCUCUCUGCAGUGUGUGAGAGAGUCCUUGAUAGGUGUUUGGCGCCAUCAACAAUAGGUGGCGAGGGAUGUGACAAUAUGACCAUGAUCGUGGUACAGUUCAAGAAACCUAUCGGGUCCACUGCCUCCGCAGACGAGCAAUCCUCACAAUCUGAACCUGCUGUUGCUGAAUCUAAACCAGUGGAAAGUUAACUGAAGUACGAUACAUAACCUCCUUACAAUGUCUCAAAUGCUAUUUUCCAGCCUCCGGAUGGAAAAACAUUACAAGGGUCCUGCUUUUUCUCGAGAAGCCAGGUCCUUGGAUUCAUAUUUGUAGAUGGUUUAACAUGGAUGGAUGAAACAUUAAGAACAAUCGUUUGAUGCUCUUAUGCGUGCUUAUAAAACCAACAUGUUCUUAA